CUUGGAUUCAGCUCCUUCGUUUCCAACAUGGAAGAAACUUACAUCGAUUCCCUGGACCCCGAAAAGUUAUUACAGUGUCCCUAUGAUAAAAACCACCAGAUCAGGGCCUGCAGAUUUCCUUAUCAUCUUAUCAAGUGCAGAAAGAAUCAUCCUGAUGUUGCAAACAAAUUGGCUACUUGUCCCUUCAAUGCUCGCCACCAGGUUCCUCGAGCCGAAAUUAGUCAUCAUAUCUCAAGCUGUGAUGACAAGAGUUGUAUUGAACAGGAUGUUGUCAACCAAACAAGGAACCUUGGACAAGAGACUCUGGCUAAGAGCACUUGGCAGUGCCCUCCUUGCGAGGAAGACUGGGAUAAAGAUUUGUGGGAACAAACCAGCACCCCAUUUGUCUGGGGCACAGCCAACUACUGUGGCAACAACAGCCCUGCAAGCAACAUAGUUAUGGAACACAAGAGUAACCUGGCUUCAGGCAUGCGAGUUCCCAAGUCUCUGCCGUAUGUUUUGCCAUGGAAAAACAAUGGAAACACACAGUAACUGAAUAUCUCAUCAAAUGCCAGACUUAGAAGACUCUUGCUUCUUCCUGCUACCAACGGGCUCUUCAUUUUCUUCAUAAUCUAAUUAUAGAAAGAUAAACUGUGACUUUCAAACUGACAAGUACCUUUUUUUCUCCCUCAUUUGAGUCCUCAUUCACUUGAUGCAAGAACCCUCGUACUCAGAAAAACUGGUUCCAAAUAAACUAUUGA